AAACAGGGCCAACAGGAUGCUAUAACACAUGGACUUUUUUAUAGGUUUGAGUUGGUAUAUCAGAUAAAUCCAUUUUGGUGAUUGAAUCAGAACAAGAGGUUAAGUUUUCCAAGAACACUUGUGGCCAAAUUCUUUAAAAAGUGUGCUUGAAAGUGUUCAUAUUUGAAGCUGUUGAAACUUCAUGGAAGAAGAUCCAAAAACUCAAGGCCAUAAGCGUUCUAAGAGCGAUUCUGCGAUGAAAAAAAUUCAAGAAGAUAAAUUCAGUAGAAUUCUCGCGACUUCUUAUCAUCCCAAGUUGGAUAUGGAAGAACUGGAGGGCUGUGUUAAAGGCAAGAUGAGGCAGUCCCCUGGCACUGGGGUUCAGAAUUCUUUAAAGCAAGAGAUUCUACAUCUUCAGAAACAACUCGAGGACCAAUUUGUGGUUCGGUCUGCGCUAACAAAGGCAUUGACUAAUAGGCCUCUUUCCUAUGAUCCUACAAAUGAAAAUUCAGUCACCAAGCCUGCUGAGGAUCUGAUCAAGGAGAUCGCUGUUUUGGAGUUGGAAGUUGUCUAUUUGGAGAAGUAUCUUCUUUCGCUGUAUCGCAGGACAUUUGAUGAACGAGUCUCAUUUUUAUCCACAGUGGACGAAAAAUCAAAAUCAAAAUCAGCCGCGCAUGAUUGGAUGCUAUCAGAAGUUUCGGGAGCAAACACAAUAGUAGAUUCUGGUAUUCAUCGUAGCCACUCGUCGCUGUCUCAGCGCUCAGCACAUUCUUUUAGAACUUCUCCUCCAAUGGGAACUCUUGCUGAGGCAGUGCAGUCAUACCAUUCAUUACCUUUGUCAAUGCUGCAGCAUGCCCAGGUUUCUGCUUCAAAUGUGGCUAGUCUGGCUGAACAUCUUGGUGCCAGUAUUUUUGACCACAUCCAAGAAACACCAAACUGGAUCUCUGAGGAGAUGAUCAAGUGCAUCUCAGCUAUAUACAGUGAACUUGCAGAUCCCCCUUUGAUCAAUCACAGUUUCCCUUCCUCUCCAAUUUCACUCUCCUCAUCCAUCGGUGACUCUUCUCCGCAAUGUCAAUAUGACACAUGCAACCCUGACGCCAGAAAAAAUUCAUCUUUCCAUUUGUGGACGGACAAUCCUUUUAGUGUUGAAGGUUCAAAGGAAUUCAGUGGAUCUUACAGUACUAUGAUUGAGGUGCAAUGGAUUUGUAGAGAUAGCCAGAGGUUACGACGCGUGAAGCAUAUGCUACAAAAUUUUAGGUCACUAGUUUCUCGGUUGGAAAAGGUUGAUCCUAAAAAGAUGAAACACGAGGAGAAGCUAGCAUUCUGGAUUAACAUACACAACGCUCUAGCAAUGCACGCAUUUUUGGUUUAUGGAAUUCCGCAUAAUAAUCUCAAAAGAAUAUCAUUACUUCUCAAGGCUGCAUAUAAUGUGGGUGGUCAUACCAUAAGCGUAAACAUGAUACAAAAUUCAAUCUUAGGAUGUCGACUGCCUCGUCCAGGACAAUGGCUGCAAUCACUGUUUUUCCCAAAGACAAAAUUUAAGGUUCGAGAUGCACGGAAGGUAUAUGCAAUCGAGCAUCCAGAACCUCGUGUAUAUUUUGCACUUUCUUCAGGAAGCCAUUCUGAUCCAGUGGUUCGUAUGUACACACCCAAGUGGGUUUUCCAGGAGCUGGAAGCUGCAAAAGAAGAUUACAUCCAUACUGCCAUCAGGGUUCACAAAGAACAGAAGAUCAUUCUACCAAAGAUUGUAGACUCUUUUGCGAAAGAGUCAGAUUUAUGUCCAGCUGGUUUGAUGGAGUUGAUUGAGCAUUUCAUGUCUGAUUCUCUAAGGAAGAGGAGUGAUCACCAGCAUCAGCGCGGGAAAUGCUGGAAGAGAAUCGACUGGAUGCCUCACAACUUCACAUUCCGUUAUCUGAUAUCUAAGGAUUUGGCCAAGUGAUCUCAAGCCUUGAUGAAUUGCCAUCAUCUAGGAGGUUACAACAAUUAUGUUGCUAUGGGUUUUUAAAAGUUGGCUCAUAGUUUUCUGGUUACUAGGUAUUUUUCAACGUGGGAGGAUUUGUAGCUUAGAGUGAGAGGUGUAUCCGUUAAAAUUAAUGCCAUAUUUACCUUGGAUAUAUUGAAUAUAUGGGUAAAUUAUAUUGA